ACGGCCGUCAAGGUGGGCCUGUGGUUGACGGCCAUAUUCGUGGGUCUAGUCUUUGGCAAAUACAUUCUCCAUCACAUUAUACUGCGGCGGGUGUUGCGGCUCAAGAUGUUCCGGGAUGAGUGCGGCACCUGGAUGGUCAUGUUCGCCAGCGUUUUCAUCUCGUGCUACUUCUUCUCGUUUAUCUACAACUUUCUGCUCGUCUGGGCCAACCCUAAGGCCGAGGAGCUGCUCAUCAACUCCUAUAUGGGUAUGACCUACGCCUCGUUCAUGAAAGUGGCCGCUUGUGGCACGUGGUUAGGCGACUUCUUCACCGCCUGGAUGAUCACCGAUAUGAUGCUCCAGGACAAUCUGUACCCCGGUUGGGCGCAAACGUUGCGGUCGUUUUGGCACAAACACACGACGACCCGUAUAUGUGUCUUCUGGACGGGCGCUCUCGUGAUCGCAGCGCUGGUCAUCACUCUCAUAGUGACCGACAAGAUAUCGUGGGAUAACCUCAACAAAGACUUCAUCGCCAGCACAGAGUUGUCGCGCGCUUUUCUCGCCUCAUCCAUACUCGUCAUGGAUCUGCUGAUCGUUAUGCAGGACUGGGACUUUCCCCACUUUGUUUGCGAUCUAAACAUAAAACUUCCCGGUUUAGUUCAGUCUUCCUAUACAUUGAAAUUCUUCAAAAAGUCGCUUAAAUUUCCUGAAAUGGUUUUCAACAUCACAGGCAAAUGGUUUAAUUACGGCAUUAUAGUCGGCGUAAUGAUGUUAGACCUGAAUAUGUGGAAG